GGCAUGGCUGUGAGGCAAGCCAGGGCAACCCCUUUCCCUUAGAACUGUGAUCAACUGCACCAGAGUUGGAGCUGGAGCCGGGAGCAGGAUGAUUCCCGAGCCCAGAACUGCUCUACCUGCCCAGGAAGGAAGCACCAGAAGCCUGUGGCAUCUCAAGGCAGGGUCUGUAGGCCUGCAGGGUGCUGGGAUUGGCAUGAGCUGUUUUUAACCUUUUAAACAAAGGUCCCUCCUCUGUGUCACGCCAGACAAAGGGGCCCCUUCCCCUUGAUGGGCUUCAGCUGGCAGCUGGACCUGCCUGCUCCUAAACAUGCUGCUGAAAAGGGAUGGAUCCAUCAGGAGUCGGUGUCUGAGCUCCCUCCACCAGCUGCUUCAGCUUUGGACCAGACCUGGGCCCUGGGCCGUCCCACCUGGAUGGAGAGCUUCAUCCGAUUCCAGGGUCUCAGCACAGAACUGGACCCAGCUGAAAAACAAGGCAGAGAAGCAGAAGAGGCAGCGCAAGAGACUGGAGUCUAUUGAGGCUGGAGUGGCUCAGAAGUCAGUGGUGCCUCAGAGGCGGUCUAAGGCAUGGGUACCAAAAGAUGUGGUUUUGUAUGACAUCCCCACUGCACCCGGUCAGAAAAAAGAUACGUCAGUGCCCCUGCCAGCGUCCUACAGUCCCCGCUAUGUAGAAGCUGCGUGGUAUUCGUGGUGGGAGAAGGAAGGCUUCUUCAAACCAGAGUAUCAGAGCCAGCAGCCUCAGAGGAAAGCAGAGACCUUUUCCCUCUGCAUCCCCCCACCUAAUGUCACUGGGUCCCUGCACCUGGGUCACGCCCUCACUGUCGCCAUUGAGGACGCAUUGGUACGGUGGCAUAGGAUGCGUGGUGAUACAGUGCUGUGGGUGCCAGGAUCAGAUCAUGCUGGAAUCGCCACUCAGGCGGGGGAAGAGAGCAGGAUCUGGAAAGAGCGGGGAGCCCGGCGGCAGGACCUGACACGAGGGGAGUUCUUCUCUGAGGUCUGGAAGUGGAAAGAGGAGAAAGGAAAUGAGAUUUUCCAGCAGCUCAAGGCUCUGGGGGCAUCUCUGGACUGGGACCGAGCUUGCUUCACUAUGGAUUCUGGGUUCUCAGAGGCGGUGACAGAGGCAUUUGUGCGAUUGCAUGAGGAUGGACUGGUGUAUCGAGCACAGCGCUUGGUGAACUGGUCAUGUGCCUUGCGCUCAGCCAUCUCUGACAUAGAGGUGGAAAACCGGCAGCUCCAAGGCCGCACAAUGCUGUCUGUGCCAGGCUGUCCAGCCGCAGUGCCCUUUGGGGUCAUGGUCACCUUUGCCUACAAAGUGGAAGGAGAGGAGGACCAGGAGCUUGCCGUUGCCACAACCCGUCCAGAGACUAUGCUAGGGGACGUGGCAGUAGCUGUCCAUCCUAAUGACCCACGGUACUUGCAUCUCCAUGGGAAAAUGGUUCAGCACCCAUUCACUGGGCGCCUCUUGCCCAUCAUUGUAGAUCCCAUGGUAGAGCAAGACAUGGAGACAGGGGCUGUGAAGGUGACCCCAGCCCACAGCCGUGCUGACUAUGAGCUGGGCAAGGUGCAUGGGCUUCCCCUCAUCUCUGUGAUCGGGGAGGACGGCUCCAUGACAGCUGAGUGUGGGGACUGGCUACAGGGGCUGAAUCGCUUUCUGGCCCGUGACAAAGUAGUGUCUGCCUUGAAGAAGAAAGGCCUGCUCCGGAGCAUGAAGGGCCAUGCCAUGGUGCUGCCCCUCUGUAGUCGCUCCGGGGAUGUGGUCGAGUACCUGUUGAAGAGCCAGUGGUUUCUGCGGUGUGAGGGUAUGGCCCAGAGGGCCCUAGAUGCUGUGGCAUCAGGGCAUCUGAAAUUCACCCCAAAAUUUCACGAGAAGAACUGGAGCACUUGGCUUUCCAACAUCAGUGAUUGGUGUAUUUCCCGACAGCUGUGGUGGGGCCAUCAAAUUCCAGCCUACCAGGUGCCCGUUACACAGUCACGUGGCUUGGAGAAGGAUGAGAAUGGUGCAUUGUGGGUAGUGGGCAGGACAGAGGCUGAAGCCCGCAAGAAAGCAGCAGGGAUUCUGGGGAAACCAGAAGAGGAAGUGGAGUUGGUGAGAGAUCCCGAUGUGCUGGACACCUGGUUCUCUUCUGCACUCUUCCCUUUUGCGGCACUAGGCUGGCCCCACCAGACCAGCGACCUCCAGAACUUCUAUCCCAACAGCCUCCUGGAGACGGGGAGCGACCUGCUUUUCUUCUGGGUGGCUCGGAUGGUGAUGCUGGGGCAGCAACUCAUGGGAAAGCUGCCGUUCUCUCAGGUUUUCCUCCACUCCAUUGUCCAUGAUGCACAUGGGAGGAAGAUGAGUAAAUCACUGGGGAAUGUGAUUGACCCCCUGGAUUUCAUUCAUGGGGCCACGCUGCAGGACCUGCAGGGGAGGCUGCAGGGUGGGCAUCUGGAUCCCCUGGAAGCUGCCAUUGCUGCAGAGGGACAGAAGCGAGAUUUUCCACAGGGCAUCCCCGAAUGUGGCACCGACGCACUCAGAUUUGCACUGUGCUCCCACAAUGUCCGAGGGGAUGACAUUAACCUGGAUGUGGAUGUGGUGCUGAGCUCCCGUCACUUCUGCAACAAGGUGUGGAAUGCUGUCAAAUUCACGAUGAGGGCCCUAGGAGAGGGGUUUACCCCGCAGGCCCCCAGUCAGGUCUUCCCCUGCUCCCCGAUGGAGCGGUGGAUACUGAGCCAUCUCUACAACACGGUUGCAUACUGUGACCAGUGGUUUGGCGAGUACGAGUUCCAUUGCAUCAUCUCUGCUAUCCACAGCUUCUGGUUGAACAAAUUCUGCAGCGUGUACCUGGAGUCAGUGAAGCCUGUGCUGAGUAGUGGAGACCAGUUUCAGAUCCUGCAGACCUGCCAGACUCUCCUCACCUGUACUGACCUUGGCCUGCGCCUUCUCUCACCCUUCAUGCCCUAUCUGACGGAGGAACUGUGGCAACGACUCCCUAAGCCGGAUACAGGCUCCUUUCCCAGUGUCUGUGUAGCCAGCUACCCCUGUGCUGACCAGCUGGCUCAUUGGCAUAACCCUGAGGAAGAGGCCAAUUUCCUGUUGGUGGAAAAAAUCAUCCAGACAGUGCGUAACCUGAAGAUGACCUACCAGCUGACAAAUGUAUGGCUGCCUGUGUUCCUCCUGUGCCUGAACCCAGCUUCCCGUGUGGUGUAUGAGGAGUAUCGGGACCCUUUGCAGACCUUAUCCAAGGCUGGUUCGCUGAAGCUUCUCUCGUGCCCUUCAGAAGCACAGCCUCUCACAGGCUGGGUAGGGAGCAGAGUGAAUGGCCACACUGAGGUCUAUCUGGAUGUGAAAGCGCUGAUUGACCCCAAGGUAAAGCUCACCCAACUGGCAUCCCAGAAGCAGAAGCUGGAACAUCAGCUCUCAAAGCUCAUGGCACAGACCCAGACCCAGGCAUCCAGCUAUCAGGAGAAGGUUUCCCAGGGAGCGCAGGCAGAGAAUUGGAUGAAGAUCUCCAAUCUUAAGAGGAAGCUUGCAAAUCUGGAUGAGGCCAUGGACCGCUUACACUGCUUGGCUGCCACACAAGGAACCCAUCCUUUGACCACUGACAAAUGAGGCAUCAUGGGGCUACUGAACCAACCUGAAGGAUCUGUUGCUGGAUGUGGAAAGGACUCGAGUGAUUGGGAAGCAAAGGCUGGCAGCGUGGCUGAAGAGCAACAUGGCUGAGAAGCAGGCUGGGGUUUGACCCUAGGUCACAGCUGCUGGAGGGUGAGACUUGGUGCUUUAGCAUUAGAGCACUGGUGUGUGCUGCUCCGGUCUGGCCAUCAGGGGCCACUCUCGCUCCAUAUACAAGUUGUAAAGACAGUUUUUGAUUGCAUAAAAUGUUGUGCAGAAGCUUCCUCUUUAGGUUGUGCUUCUACCUCAUACUCCCUCUCACCCACAGACUCCAGGUCCAACCCCUGAGCUCUGACCCCCUCCCCUGCACAUGCAGUUGGAACAAAGACAAAGCUGAGUUGCCAGAUUUGUGACAUUCCUGGCUGAUGGAGCAGCAGUCUUUGCUGGCCACAUAGAGACAUACAAACCCAAGCAGAGGCUGUACUCAGUC